AUGUCUGUUCGUAUCUAUCUAUCUAUCUAUCUAUCUAUCUAUCUAUCUAUCUAUAUUUUUCUGUUCUAUCUAUCGAUAUUUUUCUCAAGAUAUCUAAGUCUGUUUGUAUCUAUCUAUCUAUCUAUCUAUCUAUCUAUCUAUCUAUCUAUCUAUCUUUUCAUUGUAUGUAUGCAUGCAUGCAUGCAUCUAUCUAUCUAUCAUAUCUAUCUAUCUAUCUAUCUAUCUAUCUAUCUAUCUAGUUACCUAGCAUAUAUACCUAGCUAUCUAUGUCUCAUUCGCUAUCUCUGUUUUGCAUUCAUCUAUCUAUCAUCUAUCUAUCUAUUUUUCAUUUUUUUAUCUAAAGCAUGCAUGUAUAUUCAUAUCUAUCUAACAGGCUAUCUAAGUCUGUUCUAUCUAUCACUAUCUAGUUCUAUCUAUUCUAGCUAUCAUCUAUCAUCAUUCAUUCAUCUAUCUAUCUAUGUUUUUCUUAUAUUCAUAUCUAUCUAUCUAUCUAUCUAUCUAUCUAUCUAUCUAUCUAUCUAUCUAUCUAUCUAUGUUUUUCUGUUCUAUCUAUCUAUCUAUCUAUCUAUCUAUCUAUCUAUCUAUCUAUCUAUCUAUUAUCUAUCUAUCUAUCUUUUUCGGAGGAUCUAA